CUCUCUGCCCUGUUUCCAGCUCCACGUGUGAGGAGUUGGUCUUGCUCUGCUCUGGGUGGUGGGGAUCGGAAGUCCUUCCUCAUUUUUAAGAAAAUAUUUAAAUUUUAACUCACUGAAACUACAAUUAAUUUCCAAAUAAGCAAAGAAACAUGAAUUGGAGCUGGGUGCUUAUGGCAGUCCUUCUGGCUUGCGGGGGACUGUCAUGGGGUGAGCAGGGUUUGGACUUCCCUGAGUACGAUGGGAUGGACCGGGUCAUCGAGCUGACUACCAAGAACUACAAGUCUGUGAUGAAGACGCAUAAUGUGAUGGUUCUGUACUACCAUGAGCAUCCCGGAUCCGAUGCCGUUGCCCAGAAACAGUUUGAAAUCGAGGAACUGGCCCUGGAGCUUGCAGCUCAGGUACUUGAUGACCUUGACGAUGAGGAUAUUGGAUUUGGCCUUGUUGAUGAGAAGAAGGGCAGUGUUGUUGCUAAGAAACUAGGACUUGAGGAGGCCGACAGCAUCUACAUUUUCACCGAGAACGAGAUCAUUGAGUACGAUGGGGAGCUUGCUGCAGACACAAUUGUGGAGUUCAUCUAUGAUGUUCUUGAAGACCCAGUUGAGAUCAUUGAGAACGAUCCGGAGGUUAAAGGUUUCCAUAAUAUUGAGGAGGAUAUCAAACUGGUUGGCUACUUUAAGAGCGAAAAGUCUGAACAUUAUUUGGCCUAUGUGGACGCGGCUGAGGAGUUCCAUCCACACAUCAAGUUCUUCGCUACAUUCACUCCCAAGGUUGCCAAGGAUCUGGGCCUGAAGGUGAAUGAGGUGGACUUCUAUGAACCCUUUAUAGAUGAACCCAUAGUUAUCCCCGGAAAGCCCUACACAGAGGAGGAGCUUGUCGAGUACAUUGAGGAUCACGACAGACCAACCCUGAGGAAGAUGGAGCCUGAUAACAUGUAUGAGAUCUGGGAGGAUGACAUCGAUGGUGAGCACAUCAUUGCAUUCGCAGAAGAGGAUGAUCCAGAUGGUUUUGAGUUCCUGGAAAUCCUAAAGGAAGUAGCAGAGGAGCACAAUGAUAAUCCCAACCUCAGCAUUGUCUGGAUUGAUCCAGAUGACUUCCCGCUGCUUGUCCCAUACUGGGAGAAGACCUUUGGAAUUGACCUGGGUUCUCCCCAGAUUGGUGUUGUGGAUGUUGAAGAUGCUGACAGUGUAUGGAUGGAGAUCGACAAUGAUGAUGACCUACCAAGCGCAGAUGAGCUUGAGGAAUGGAUUGAAGAUGUUCUUUCAGAUGAAAUUGAUCCAGAUGACGAUGAUGACGAUGAUGAUGAAGACGACGACGAUGAGUAAAUUGUUGAUCUCAUCAUUUCACUGGCCUAUGUCUAAAUCUGGCCAAUAUAAUAGAAUUGUCCAAUCACAUCAUCCCCUUCCUCAACUUGUCCUUGUCCUCUGUUGUAACACUUCAUUAAGUUAAAUAUGUCUGCUCAUAUGGACAUCCUCAUGUUUUCAACAUCCUUGCUCAGAGCAUCUUGUCAAAAUAUUGUUUCAUUUUUUUCACUUUGCUUUGAAUCCAUAAAAGACAGUACUUUCUCAGAGCCCCAUUUUUUUUAUUCACACCACACCUGUAACUUUGCCAUCCAUACAAUAUGAAAAGGAUACAAAAAAUAAAUUGUGAAAAUAAUACAUUCAAAAUACAACUAUUGGAUAUUCAUUAGCACUAAAUCUUAAAACACCUGAUGCUUCUGAUUUUUAUAUUUCAAACAAAUAGAGGGGUUACUUUGUUGAUGCAUUUUAAGUCUGAGUCCAUCUGUAAACUUGUCAUCUGAAUGUAUUUUAUUGCACCAAGGGUGCAAGCAGGCUUUUCCUACAUACAGGUCAUGGGUCAUACCAACCUACUCUGUUGAAUUAUUGUAACUUUAGUUGGUAAGCUUUUUUUCUUCUUGUGCACUGAAAUGUGCUGUAAAUCACAUGGAUGUUUUCUACUGACAAAGAAAUAUAACAACAGUAUUCAUUUUUUUUAAACAAGAAAACUUAAACAUACUGUAAAGGCUUAAAAUAAAUGACAGCUUGGAAAAAGA